GGGAUCUGAGCUCCGCAGUUUUUCCUCUGGAUUCGUCUGAGCUGUCCGCUGCGGACACAUCCUCCUCUUUGUGGAAGAGUUCAAGUCAUGCCCCCGCAGACAGCAUCCUCCCCAGGCCUUUUAGAGGAACUGACAUAAGUGAAGUCAUUUUUUUUUUUGUGGAAUGAAUGUCCGGAUUUUGAAUUCCAGUUUUCAAAUGAGGUUCAAAGACAAUGAUGGAGCUAAUGACUGAUACCCCUUUCUACGCCAUGAACACAUCAGACAUCACUGGAAGAAACAACUCCUUGUACGAAGAUGACGAAGAGUAUGACUACAAGGACGAGCACGCUGAGCUGAGACAGUCCCUCAACAUCAUGUCUCUCAUUGUUUACUGCCUGGCCUUUGUUCUCGGUGUGUUCGGGAAUGGAGUGGUUAUCUGGGUGACCGGGUUUAAGAUGAAGAAAACCGUUAACACCGUUUGGUUCCUCAAUCUCGCUGUGGCCGACUUCCUCUUCACAGCGUUCCUGCCCCUGAGCGUGACGUACACGGCAAUGGAUUUCCACUGGCCUUUUGGCAACUUCAUGUGCAAGGUGAACAGCACUGUGAGCUUUCUGAACAUGUUUGCCAGUGUCUACAUCCUGGUGGUGAUCAGUGUGGACAGAUGUGUGUCUGUGGUGUGGCCCGUCUGGGCCCAGAACCACCGAAGUGUACGCAAGGCAUCCUGCGUGAGUCUGGGUGUUUGGAUACUGGCUCUGAUUCUCAGCGCUCCAUACUUCAUCUUCAAGGACACUGGGCCAUCCUAUCACAAUGAAGACAUCAUCAACUGCUUCAACAACUUUGCCCUUUCUGACGACUAUGAAACGCCAUCAGUGAAUCAGCUGCGACAGUUUCGACAUCAGACCAUGACCAUCACCCGCUUCCUCCUGGGAUUCGUCGUCCCCUUCACUGUCAUCGUCUCCUGCUAUGCCGUCAUCAUCCAUCGUCUCAGGAGGAACCGCACCCUGGCCAGCCAAUCGAGUCGCCCCUUCAAGAUCAUCGCUGCCGUCAUCACCACUUUCUUCCUGUGCUGGGCGCCGUAUCACAUCAUGGCUCUAAUCGAGAUGGUUAAUCACACGGCGAUCCACUCGAGUGAAACAUUGGACCACGUCAUCACUAUCGGUGUCCCUAUAGCAACCAGCCUGGCCUUUCUCAACAGCUGCCUGAACCCACUGCUGUAUGUGUUCAUGGGCCAAGAUUUCAAGGAAAAAGUCCGCAAGUCCAUCCUGAACGUGUUGGAGACUGCCUUCCAGGAGGAAGUGUCUCGCUCAUAUACAUACACAAACUCAAUGGUCACCAGUCGGAGUAAAGAGAAGUCUGUGUCUGAUGCUGAGGUAUAAGGUUGAACAUGAUAUGGAUAAACAAAUACUCUAACUAUGUAUAACAUAUAUAACUGUAUAUAACAAAUACUUUUUUUGAAUAAUUCAUGGACCCUCAAGACAACCUGUAUAUAUGAUCUGAGAUUGGAAUAUUCCUUAUUAUUUGAUCGGUAUUUGUUUUAUGAUUUGCUAGCAGUCAGGUCUAAAGCAGAUAGCUCUCUCCUUAUGAAGCUGACACGUGGUGAUACUGAACAACAGGUUGUGUGAUGCUUUAGUGGGCUGAUGUAUUUUGAAAUGAUGGAAAAGUGAAAUGUUUCAAGGGACAAUAAAGUUUAUUUAUGUAAAAUAAGUGUCAUAAUCAGAGGGGAGUGAAUUCUUUCCAGAAAAAUGUAAGACAGAAUAGGAAGAAAAAUGCACACAUAUUACCGUUAUACACAUAAACACACACAGGCAGUCAAACUGAAUGACAUGUACAGUGCCAUUCAUUAUACAGUACUUUUGUUAGCUGCAACAUGACAGCUAUAAGGGAUGCACUGUGCCACUUUAUCGGAGACACUAAUUUCAGAUUAGGUAUUACAUUAGUUUAUAGCUAAAUUUGUGCAACACAAACACGACAGAGAUGUUGUAACAUGUGGUUGAUAAAAGGGAACGUUGUGUUUCUCAUCUGUCUCACAAACUCCAGUUUUUGAUUUUGAUGUCUUCAUCCGUAUGUUGCAUCAAAGACAGCAUGCAAUAAAACGAGGAGUUUAUUAGCCAUGAUCAGAGACUCUUUUUUAUCAUUAAAUACGCUGUCACAUGACCUACAAAACAUAGUAAUAAGGGACGUAUGGAAGAGGUUUAACUGAAAAUAGCAUCUACAGUGUUAAAUAGUGUUGGCUCAUCGCUGAGGAUUAUACAAUGUUCAUUUCCUAACUUUCCCCUCGUACCCAACCCACUGACGCCAUUACUUGUGUACAUGAUAAAAUAUAUUGACAGUGUGUGUGUGUGUGUGUGUGUGUGUGUGUGUGUGUGUGUGUGUGUGUGUGUGUCUGUGUGUGUGUGUGUGUGUGUGUGUGUGUGUUUUUAACGUUUCGUUUGAUCUUUUGAUCAUGGUUAGUUGUUUUUAGAAGGGAUACUUUAAUGUCUGUGCCCCCCACCCUGAGUACAUGCAUGUUGUGCGAACCUCUCAACUUUAUAAAUGCAUCGUGUCAGUUUACCUUCAUGAUGGACAAAAAUACAUAUACUCACAUUUCUGAAGCAAGAAUCAAUCAGUUCUCAAAGUUGUUGCAGAUUAAUUGAAUGGAAACAACUGUAACAGCACACUUUUCUAUGUCAUAAUCUGAACCUCUGUAUCAAAGAUCAAUUUUAAUGUAAACAGUGUAAAUGAUAAUUGUUUAUUUUUGCCUUUUUUAACCCUACGGUGGAGAACUCUUUUACAAGUCCAUAAACGAUGAUGAUGACUGUUAUUGUGAUUCUUGUUGUAUACCAUUAUUUCUAUUAUUAAAAUAUUAUUUAGACUUAA